GGCGGCAUCAGUGCUGCUGACGUUUGUGGUGGGCUUCAGCACUGGAGCUCUGACCAGGACUCCGGUUCUCAGGUGUCUAGGAGCAAUCACUGCAAGGUUGCGUUCACCAAGGCUACAACAAUGCCGAACUGACACGCCGGAGCAUGGCUCUGAAGUCACCAUGACAACCUUGCCGCCUAUGUGCAACAACCAAGCCUUUACGAUGGCGCAGGCGUGGGGGGGACAAAGACGAUGACUCUGCGAAUUGCGCAACAACGGACAUGACGACUUCACCAGGGACCACACCUCCCCCUGUCAAACCUCAGAGAAGCUUUCGGCAAAAUCGACAGCAGGAGGAGCAGAACACCACGGCCUAUCUGGAAGGAUGUGAUUACAUGAAGGAGGAGGCGGCGGCAGGAGAAAGUCAGAAGGAAAGGAAUAAAGGGUGUGAUAGGGAGGCAAAGGAAGAAAGAGAGUUCAGUGGGUUCUACCUGGAGGAUGGAGGGAGUCGAAGUGAAACAGAUGAGGAAAGGUGCAAUGAGGACGUAGAGGAGAAAGACGGAAGGGAAGAAAAUGAGGAAUGGAGACAGGGGGAAGAGGUGGAGGAGGCAGGUGAUCAAGAUAUUAGUAGCAAAGAGGAUGGAGGGGAGAGGAGAGAAAGUGAGGAGGAUGAGAAGAAAGGGAGAGAUGCGAAGAGGGAGGAAGAGGAGGUAGACGAUGGAGAAAAGAAGACGAGAGAGGAGGAUGGAGAGACAGACGUUAGCAGCGAAGACGACGAGACAGGCAGUGGGAAACAUGAGGACACAAAUGGAACUGGUAUCGCAGGAGGAGGAAGGGGAGACAAUUUGUCCUCCCCGGGCCGCCGUAGCCGCGUCAUCCGUCUGUACCAGUACGACGAGGAAGGCCAGAGAUAUGGUCACCUACCGGACGCCGCACCCGACGAGCAAGGCCCCGCCCCCAAGCUUAAGCAGCGCUCCCUGUCGCUGACACGCCUCAACGCCAUCAUGGCCGCUGCUUCAGCAGGGCCGCUGGACACGAUGGAGACCGGGAGGGGAGAGAGGGAGGAUAGGCCACACUUCCACAUGGAGAUAUAGACCCUUUUACAGCAGACGUCUUCAAAUAUAAAUGUAUGCAAGUGAUAGCAACAGGAAGUGUUUGCCCCAACAU